AUGUGGUGCCUGGAGAAGCUCUGCUUGGGUCCUGAGCGCCUCCGGCGGGGCGGGGACUGGCUGCUUCUGGGUUGGGCCCGCAGAGCAAGGGUCCGCACCACCGCCGCGUGUGCAAACGUGCUCACGCCGGACCGCAUACCCGAGUUCUGCAUCCCACCGCGACUCGUGCCCGGCCUGCCUUUGGCUGCGAUCCGGAAUUCCCGGGGUGAAGAGGCAGAGAUUGACCAGGGUGCGGGCCGCACCGACUGGGACCCGCGCUCCCAGGCGGCGCUGUCGCUGCGGCACUUGCCCCGAGCGCGCACCGCCUACGGCUUCUGCACGCUGCUUGAGAGCCCGCACACCCGCCGCAAGGAGUCGCUCUUCCUCGGGGACCCGGGCGCCACUGUGCUCCUCCGGGCCCCAGCCGCCCGGCCCGCGCCCCGCCCCCAAGCUCACACCUACAACUGCGGUGGUCGAGAGUCUCCCCUCUUAACCCUGAGACCAGACCCUGCUGUCACCUCCGCAGUUCUCUGCAACACCAGCUCCCGGCGGGACUCACUCUCCCCGCCGCCCGGUGACCGCCGCCUCCUGCGCGCUCCCGACGGGCUGCUGAGCCGCGCGCUACGGGCCGGGAGGAAUCACUGUCUGGUCCGCGCCCGCUCGAUCUCCAGCCGGGACCAGGACGAGGAGCGCGGCGCGUGCUCGGGGCCCCUCGCCCGAGCGCCCUCCGAGUGCCCGCCGUCGCCUCCUAGCCCGUGCCCCGAGCGCCUGGAGGCCGUGGGCACCGUGGCUCUGGGCCGCGCCGGGGCCGCCCUGCACCUGGCCGCCGAGUACUGUCCGGCCGGCGGGCGCCUCCGCAUCCGGCUACUCCGCGCUGAGGGCCCGGCCGGGGGCGCCCCCGAGCCCCGCGCCGUCGGCUGCCGCGUCAGCCUAGUCCUGCAGCCUCCCCGCAGCGCGCGCAGGCAGCGCGGCUCGGUGCUGCGGCGGAGCCGCAAGGCCGCCCUGGACCAGGACUUCUGCUUCGACGGGCUCACGGAGGACCAGGUGCGCCGCCUGGCCGUGCGGGUCAAGGCCGAGGGCAAGGGCUGCGGCCGGGAGCGCGGCCGCCUGCUGGGCCAGGGCGAGCUGCCGCUGGGCUCCCUCCUGCUGCUAUGAGGGCGCCGGCCUCCCGCCUGCCGGGGACUCUGGGAGCUGGCUGCUGCUUUGUACAAAAUAAACGUGUAUUUUUUCUCCUUCAUCAGGCCUUUUUUUUCAGCCUAGUAUUGGCAGAGAUGAUACUGGAUUAACUGUCACAGUAAAAUGUGGUGUUUUGAGAAGAUACCUUCAAAAUUAUUUCAGCAACUAGAGUGGCGUUCUGUGGUGUUUCCCAAUGUAGAUAAUCAAUUGCAUAUCUUGUAUUCCACAACCUCCUGUUGAGAAAUUAUUAUGUGAAGUAUUAGAAGUAGGAGGUGCCUUAGCAAUCUAUUUGCUCCAAUAUCCUCAUUUCAAAGUUGGUUCAUUCCAGGAGAUCCACUGAGCCAUUUUAGAGCACUUACUAUUUUUAAGGCAUUAAGACCCUGGAUGAGAAAAUGAGGCCUAGAGAGAUGAAGUGAUUUGUCCAAAGUCAACAGUGAAUUAUUAGUAGAGACUUCAAUCUGAUUCGCUAAGCUACAUCUUGCUUAGAGAAAAGCGUUGCAAAAAAUGAAACCAUUUUAAUGUUCUAAGUUUAAAUAAUCGUAAUAGUUUUAUAAAUUUUAAUCUGUUUACUUCUUUUUUUAAAUCUUUAUAUGCUCAUUUAUUUUAUUUUAUUGUUUUUCAAAUUAUUUUUUAGAAACAGAGUCUUAGUAUUACUUCUUAAACAACCCUAAAAAGUAGGCAGUGUUAUAACCCCUUUUAUAGAUGAGAAUGUUGAGGCACAGAAUAAAGACCAGAGUUAGGAUGUGCUUACCCAGGCAAGCACUAUUUCACUCAUUACUCAUAUUAAUACCACAUUUUCUAAAGGGCUCAUCUCAUUAAAGCUGUGAGAUUGUUCAAGCUGAGAUUAAAGCUGAAAUUGUUGAGGCUGAGGUUGGUGUCUUUUCACAUUCCUCACCCUCUAGUGGAAAAACAAAUAGUUUGAAAUGAGUAAUUUAUCACCUCAUGAUGAUAACUUCAGGCCUUGAAAUGAGCUGGUGAGUCUGACUCUGUGGAGUAAGCUAACAGCCCUCACAUUCGUAGAAACAAGGACACCAGCCUUAUCGGCACCAGGAGAGUUAAUCUGCUGGGACUGGCAGUCUGGGAUGUACACAGAACAUUGUUCUACCUUUGGCUUCUGAUGAUAAUAAUAAUAGAUCUAAUAAUCCUAUGUUUUAACAGAUGAAUGUCCUUCAUCCCUCACACUCAUGGCCAGCCAGGCAUAUUUCCUCCUUUAUUACGCAUACAGGAGGAAAAUGCGUCCUAAAUGAGGGUUGGAAAAGUUGAAAAUAUUUAAGCUUGUGGCACAUUACCAGUCUGGAUUCAGAAAUGGUUUCUCUUUCCACUAAUCUUGUUGACAGUUUUAUCCAGUGGUGCUCAUAAAGAAUGCGAUUUAGAAAACAGUUCCAGUUUCAGUAACAAAUCAGAUAUAAACUGAGUAAGAAGUAUUGCGAUGAGCAUUUACAGUAAUGACAAUUGAACAAGUGUGAACAAUAUUAUGAAUUCUUUGAGUCUAUCAAAAUCCAGAAGCUUGCAGUGGUUGACCACAUGAAUGAUGGCAUACAGUUGUUCAGAGCUAAUAGACUUUUCUAUCUACUCAGUCACUAUUUCUUGGCCCUCAAGCCAACAUUUUUUUUUUUAAUGUCCAACCCACUUCAUGAUUUUAGAAUUUUGGUUGAGUAACUACUACUGACUUCAAAAAUGUAGUACUUUGAGAAGAAAAUAAA